AGAGGAGGCAGAAGAAAGCAGAAAAGAUAAACAGCAGAUAGCUUCACCAAAUCUGUACAGAAUAGAGGAUGUAGAUUCCGUGGGCUGCUCCAGAGAUAUGAUUCAGGCACCCUGUCAAACUGGGAAAGCAUAGUUACAAGUGUUUUAUGUCAGCUGAGUUCUAAUAUGAUCAAGAUGGAGUCUGUCCUCAUGCUUUCACAGCCCUGAAUCUCUGACACUCUGGAGAAUUCUCCGUAGAGAAGAUAUGCAAGAGGUAAAACCAUUUCAUCCUGCAGAGAAUUUCAUGGAAGUCAUAAUGUUUCCUCUGGCCCUCUUUGCAUUACGCUGUGGAACCUGUUGCUAAAGUACUAUGACAUGUCUCUAGCAAUCAGAAAAAGAAGCUGGGAAGAACACGUGACCCAAUGGAUGGGCUUGCCGUUUGGGUCUAUUGAUUCUAAUAUAUUAUGCAGGCAUGGCCUAGUAGCUGACAACUUGCAAGCAGGUAUGGAAAAUGACAGACUUCGGAGCGAAAGCCAGAAAGAAAGAAGAGCUUCCUUGCCAGACUGCUGUCAUGGUGGAGAACUGGGAGGUUUCCCCACAAAGCUGCUUGGUAAUGUUUCCAGAGAGGUAGAUGAAAAUGACAAUCAUCAAGAGGAAGAAGAAUUUCCCUCUCUUGAGGCUAGCACAGAAACAUUGGUGAAUGUUUCCAUUGGUGGUGAUAAUGAUGCUGAGGACAAUGACAUAGAGCUCUCUUUGGAGAAAGUCAACCACCAGCUUGGUGACCCUGAAGAAAAAUGGUCAGCUGAAAGGAACCAGUCAGAAGGAGGAGCAGGUCUCUUCAUGAAGAUGGACCCAGGUGUGGAAGCAAAGGAAGACUCCAGUCAUGCCUUGGAUUCUGUUGGGAAACUUCAUCAUGAGACAGAUCCCAAAGCACUGAAGGAAUAUAUUUGUGAUAGCAGAGAAGAGAGACCUGAACUUUGUUACAACACCUCCAAUGAAAAUGAAGAGAACCCAGAAGAGAACUUCUCGGAGCCUCCAGAUGCAGGACAAACAACGCCUGAGAAGAAGAUGGCCUGUGAUAUCGUAGCUGCACAGAAGCAUGAAAAAUCGAAUGCUCCUAAAGAUGGGAAUGAAAAAACAGUCUGUGGUCAAUUAUUUGAUGAAUUUUCUGCUGGUCAGUGUAGUGACCUAAGUGUAGUUGUUUCAGACUCCAGAAAUGUUAUUGUGCCAUCACCUGGUUCUUGUUUCCUAUUGGAGGAAAAAGUUCUGGACGAAAAUGGCUUUGCGUGUGCUCAAGACAAACGCAUCAAAACCACGUCCUUGGUGGAACGUAUAAGUGAUUUAAAGAACAACACAACCACACACGAGCCUACGGACGGUCAAGUCAUUUUGCGCAAAAGAAAGGAAGUGAGAGAAGAUCACUCGCGACUGGACUCCAUGGUGCUACUCAUUCUUAAACUGGACCAGCUAGAUCAGGAUAUUGAGAACGCUCUCGGUUCAGCAUCCUCGCCUUCCAGCACGCUGACACACACACGGAGGCACAUACCUGAUUUGGAAUUGCAUCCUGAUUCUAGAGUGGACAUUGCUAUACUGAGCCACCAGCAAGCAGACGUACCACCCCCACCCCCUCCACCUCUUCCGCCGCCCUAUGUUGCCGAUCGAGCAUUUUCCACUCCAAUGACUGGUUCUGGAGCUAAACCAAAGGCUGGGGCCAUGCCAAUUUUUACAGAAAAGGAGAAGGCCGAGAUUGAGGCCAAGGAGGCUUGUGAUUGGCUGCGGGCAGCAGGGUUUCCACAAUACGCUCAGCUAUAUGAGGAUCUGAUAUUUCCCAUUGACAUUUCUUCGGUCAAGAGAGAACAUGACUUUCUGGACAGAGAUGCCAUUGAAGCUUUGUGCAGGCGUUUAAAUACUUUAAACAAAUGUGCAAUGAUGAAGCUGGAGAUCAGUCCACACAGGAAGCGGAGCGAGGAUUCGGAUGAAGAUGAGCCUUGUGCGAUAAGUGGCAAGUGGACCUUCCAGAGGGACAGCAAGAGGUGGUCCAGGCUUGAGGAAUUUGACGUCUUCCCCCCGAAGCAGGAUGUGAAUCCUUCAUGCCCAGAAGCGGCUCAUCUCAGCAGUGCAGCUAGUCAUGGAGGCCUGCUAACUGACCACACCGAAUGUCAGGAGGUAGUUUCCGUCCACAGCAUCAGCAGCCACCCAGAUGCCUCUCAGAGCGAAACGCCCACCACCAGAACCAACUCUGUCAUCAGUGUUGGCUCCUCAGCCAACCUCGUGGCAAACGAGGACUCCUUCAGCAGCUUGCCCUCUCCUAAAGAGCUGUCAAACUUCAAUUUCAACGUGAAAACUAACGAGAAGAAUGCCAAGUCCAAAACAAGAAGCCUCUUGAAGAGGAUGGAGAGCUUUAAAAUAAAAAGCUCCCAUCAUGGUAAGAGCAAAGCUCCUUCAAAGCUUGGUCUUAUCAUCAGCGGGCCUGUCUUGCAAGAAGGCAUUGAUGAAGAGAAACUGAAGCAGCUGAACUGCGUGGAGAUCUCCACCCUCAAUGGCAACCACAUCAACAUCCCUAUGGUACGUAAAAGAAGCGUCUCCAAUUCCACCCAGACCAGCAGCAGUAGCAGCCAGUCGGAAACAAGCAGUGCCGUCAGCACCCCAAGCCCCAUCACAAGGACGCGCAGCCUCAGCGCCUACAAUAAAAGAGUAGGAAUGUACCUCGAAGGCUUUGACCCUUUCAACCAAUCAACGUUCAACGAUGUCAUGGAGCAGAACUUCAAAAACAGGGAGGGCUUUGCUGAAGACACAGUCUUCUUCAUUCCAGAAGACCACAAGCCUGGGACUUUCCCCAAAGCCCUCUCCAAUGGUAACUUUGCUCCCUCGGAGAACAGCACUUCGGUCAACUGGAGAACGGGGAGCUUCCACGGCCACAGCCACCUCGCCCUCAGGAGGGAGAACAGUUCUGACAGCUCCAAAGACCUGAGCCUUGGGAAGAGGCGCAAUUCUUCCAGCUCCAUGUGCAGCCGCCUCAGCAUUUACGACAACGUGCCAGGAUCUAUCCUGUAUUCCAGCACGGGGGACCUGGCUGGCCUUGAGAACGAAGACCUCUUUCCUGAGCUCGAUGACAUCCUGUAUCAUGUCAAAGGCAUGCAGAAAAUUGUGAACCAGUGGUCCGAGAAGUUUUCAGACGAAGGAGACUCUGAUUCAGCCCUAGAUUCAGUGUCUCCAUGCCCUUCGUCUCCCAAGCAGAUCCUCCUCGAUGUGGACAAUGAUAGGACAAUACCCAGUGACCUUGACAGUACAGGGAAUUCCUUGAUUGAUACGGAAGAAUCAACAGGGAUCCAGGAAAGAAGAGACUCUGGGGUGGGAGCAUCAUUAACACGUUCUAACAGGCACAGAAUGAGGUGGCACAGCUUUCAGAGCUCUCAUCGACCCAGCUUAAGCUCAGCACUGCUUCAGAUUGACUGCCAGUCUGUGGCACAGAUGAACCUUCUGCAGAAAUAUUCCCUCUUGAAGUUAACUGCCCUCUUGGAGAAAUAUACACCUUCCAAUAAACAUGGCUUCAGCUGGGCUGUGCCAAAGUUUAUGAAAAGGAUAAAAGUCCCAGAUUAUAAAGACCGAAAUGUGUUUGGCGUUCCCCUCACCGUUAAUGUCCAGCGUACAGGACAGCCUCUUCCUCAGAGCAUCCAGCAAGCCAUGCGAUACCUUCGCAACCACUGCCUGGAUCAGGUUGGGCUUUUUCGAAAAUCUGGAGUGAAGUCAAGAAUCCAGGCGUUGCGACAGAUGAAUGAGAGCUCAACAGGCAAAGUAAAUUAUGAAGGGCAGUCUGCCUAUGAUGUGGCUGACAUGCUGAAGCAAUAUUUCCGCGAUCUGCCAGAGCCACUCAUAACCAACAAACUUUCUGAGACUUUCCUACAGAUCUACCAAUAUGUGCCAAAGGACCAGCAUCUCCAGGCGAUCAAGGCAGCCAUUAUGCUUCUACCAGAUGAGAACAGAGAAGUCCUACAGAUCCUCCUAUACUUGAGUGACGUCACAGCCGCUGUGAAGGAAAACCAGAUGACGCCGACAAACCUGGCUGUGUGCUUAGCGCCUUCCCUUUUCCACUUGAACACCCUCAAGAGGGAAAAUUCUUCCCCAAGGGUGAUGCAGAGGAAACAGAGUCUGGGAAAACCCGAUCAGAAAGAUUUAAAUGAGAAUUUGGCUGCAACGCAAGGUCUGGGCCACAUGAUUGCAGAGUGUAAGAAGCUGUUUCAGAUCCCUGAAGAAAUGAGUAGAUGUCGGAAUUCCUAUACGGAGCAAGAUCUUCGGCCUCUGAGCUUGGAGGAACUAGGCAGAACUAAUAACUCUGAGCCUGCCGACUACCGUUUACAUCCAGACUGUAUGGAUGAUUUGCUUAAGGAGAUUAAGGAUAAAUUUAAAGGCUGGGUCAACUGUUCCACCUCGGAGCAAGCAGAGCUUGCCUACAAGAAGGUUUCUGAGGGUCCACCUCUCCGGUUAUGGAAAUCCACGGUUGAAAUCCCUGCAGUUCCUGAAGAGAUCUUGAACCGCUUACUUAAAGAACAGCAUCUUUGGGAUGAAGAUCUUCUGGAUGCUAAAGUGAUUGAGACUUUGGACAGCCAGACUGAUGUAUACCAGUAUGUACAGAACAACCUGGCACCCCACCCAGCCAGAGACUAUGUCGUCCUAAGGACUUGGAGGACGAAUUUAUCUAAAGGCGCUUGUGCACUUUUAAGCUCCUCGGUGGACCAUGACCGUGCUGCAGUCCUUGGCGUUAGAGUGAAUGUGCUCUUGUCCAGGUAUCUCAUUGAACCUUCCGGAUCAGGAAAAUCCAAACUCACGUACAUGUGCAGAACUGAUUUAAGGGGCCACAAACCCGACUGGUACACAAAGGCUUUUGGACACUUGUGUGCAGCCGAAGUCAUUAAGAUCAGAGACUCUUUCAGUAAUCAGAACCUGGAGACGAAAGAAGCAAAGUCCAGGUGACGACUGAAGCAGACCAUCGUGGCCACAAUGUGAAUAGAUACUUCCAGGAACUGUUGAUUGUUACAGAACGGGCCACAGGGUGGCCUAAUAAGUCUUGCCAUGAAGAAAGUGUGUCUGGAAUGGGCCCGGGAUUCUCACUUCCAACGUCUGUGGCAAACAGUACAUUUUCAAAGCUGCUUCCUAUCGGUAUUAGGCCUAUACUGUAGGCCUUGACUG